GUUUUGUGUUCAACUCUUUAUUAAAGCAUAUAGUGACUAGGAUGUCUUCUUUCUCCAGAUGGUUGCUGCUGACCUUGCUAGUGGUAGGAAGACGUCAAGCAAAUGCUUACAGCAUUGGAUCUGUUGAGAAGCAUGGAGGCUCAAAUACAAAUGAGCCACAGCAGCCUCACGUGCUGAGCUACCAGCAGCCACAGGUUCCCCCACAACCACAGAUGCCCCCGCAGCCUGGUUACCCACCCCUGCAGGCCCAAGGUCCCCAGCAGCCUAAUCAGCCGCAGGUACCUCAGCAGCCCGGUUAUCCACCCCAGCUGCCUCCACAGGCACCCCAGCAGCCCCAACAGCCUAAGCAGCCACAGGUACCCCAGCAGCCCAGUUACCUGCCCCAGCAGCCUCCACAACCACAGGUACCCCAGCAGCCCAGUUACCUGCCCCAGCAGCCCAGCUCACCAGCCCAGCAGCCUAAACAACCGCAGGUACCUCAGCAGCCUGGCUACCCACCCCAGCAGCCUCCACAACCGCAGGUACCUCAGCAGCCCGGCUACCCACCCCAGCAGCCCGGCUACCCACCCCAGCAGCCUAAACAACCGCAGGUACCCCAGCAGCCCGGCUACCCACCCCAGCAGCCUAAACAACCGCAGGUACCCCAGCAGCCCGGCUACCCACCCCAGCAGGCUAAACAACCGCAGGUACCUCAGCAGCCCGGCUACCCACCCCAGCAGCCUAAACAACCGCAGGUACCCCAGCAGCCCGGCUACCCAACCCAGCAGGCUAAACAACCGCAGGUACCUCAGCAGCCCGGCUACCCACCCCAGCAGCCUCCACAACCGCAGGUACCCCAGCAACCUAAACAACCGCAGGUACCCCAGCAGCCUGGCUACCCACCCCAGCAGCCUCCACAACUGCAGGUACCCCAGCAGCCUGGCUACCCACCCCAGCAGCCUCCACAACCGCAGGUACCCCAGCAGCCUGGCUACCCACCCCAGCAGCCUCCACAACCACAGGUACCUCAGCAGCCUGGCUACCCACCCCAGCAGGCUAAACAACCGCAGGUACCCCAGCAGCCCGGCUACCAAACCCAGCAGGCUAAACAACCGCAGGUACCCCAGCAGGCUAAACAACCGCAGGUACCUCAGCAGCCCGGCUACCCACCCCAGCAGCCUCCACAACCGCAGGUACCCCAGCAACCUAAACAACCGCAGGUACCCCAGCAGCCUGGCUACCCACCCCAGCAGCCUCCACAACUGCAGGUACCCCAGCAGCCUGGCUACCCACCCCAGCAGCCUCCACAACCGCAGGUACCCCAGCAGCCUGGCUACCCACCCCAGCAGCCUCCACAACCGCAGGUACCUCAGCAGCCCGGCUACCCACCCCAGCAGCCCGGCUACCCACCCCAGCAGCCUAAACAACCGCAGGUACCCCAGCAGCCCGGCUACCCACCCCAGCAGCCUAAACAACCGCAGGUACCCCAGCAGCCCGGCUACCCACCCCAGCAGGCUAAACAACCGCAGGUACCUCAGCAGCCCGGCUACCCACCCCAGCAGCCUAAACAACCGCAGGUACCCCAGCAGCCCGGCUACCCAACCCAGCAGGCUAAACAACCGCAGGUACCUCAGCAGCCCGGCUACCCACCCCAGCAGCCUCCACAACCGCAGGUACCCCAGCAACCUAAACAACCGCAGGUACCCCAGCAGCCUGGCUACCCACCCCAGCAGCCUCCACAACUGCAGGUACCCCAGCAGCCUGGCUACCCACCCCAGCAGCCUCCACAACCGCAGGUACCCCAGCAGCCUGGCUACCCACCCCAGCAGCCUCCACAACCACAGGUACCUCAGCAGCCUGGCUACCCACCCCAGCAGGCUAAACAACCGCAGGUACCCCAGCAGCCGGCUACCAAACCCAGCAGGCUAAACAACCGCAGGUACCCCAGCAGGCUAAACAACCGCAGGUACCUCAGCAGCCCGGCUACCCACCCCAGCAGCCUCCACAACCGCAGGUACCCCAGCAACCUAAACAACCGCAGGUACCCCAGCAGCCUGGCUACCCACCCCAGCAGCCUCCACAACUGCAGGUACCCCAGCAGCCUGGCUACCCACCCCAGCAGCCUCCACAACCGCAGGUACCCCAGCAGCCUGGCUACCCACCCCAGCAGCCUCCACAACCGCAGGUACCCCAGCAGCCCGCCCGGCUCCCCACCCCAGCAGCCUAAACAACCGCAGGUACCUCAGCAGCCCGGCUACCCACCCCAGCAGCCUAAACAACCGCAGGUACCUCAGCAGCCUAAUUGGCCACAGCUACCUCAGCAGCCUGGCUACCCGCCCCAGGUUCCCCAGCAGCCCAGUCGCCCUUCCCAACAACCACAGGUAUCUAAGCAACCUGGCUACUUGCCCCAGCAGCCCAGCUACCCAACCAAGCAGCUACGGGUACCUCAGCAGCUCGGCUACCCGCCCCGGGUUCCCCAUCAGCCUAAUCGACCACAGGUACCUCAGCAGCCCGGCUACCCGCCCCGGGUUCCCCAUCAGCCUAAUCGACCACAGGUACCUCAGCAGCCUGGCUACCCGCCCCGGGUUCCCCAUCAGCCUAAUCGACCACAGGUACCUCAGCAGCCCGGCUACCCGCCCCGGGUUCCCCAUCAGCCUAAUCGACCACAGGUACCGCAGUAUUCUGGCUACCUGCCCCAGCAGCCCGGCUACCCACCCAAGCAGCUGCAGGUACCCCAAAAGCUGCACAUACCUCAGCAACCCAGGUACCUACCUCAGCACCCUAGCUACCUGCCCAAGCAGCCUCAGGUACCUCAGCACCUUAGCUACCAGCCACAGCAGCCCAGCUACCCGCCCAAGCAACCCCAGUGGCUAUCAGUAUCCCAGCAGUCUAAGAAUCCGCAGGUACCCCCACAACCACAGGUACUUCAACAGCCUGGCUACCUGCCCAAGCGGCCCCAGGUGCCCCAGCAGCCUGGCUUCCAGCCUCAGCAGGCCAGCUAUCCACCCAAGCAGCCCAGCUAUCCACCCAUGUGGCCCCAGCAGUCCCAGGCUUCCAGUUACCCUCCCAAGCAGUCCCAGGUGCCCCAGCAGCCUGGCUACAGACCCCAACAGCCCAAGCAGCCCCGACUGGCUUUCCACCUGCCUCAGCAGCCUAGCUACAUACGCAAGAUGCCCCACAUACAGCGCUCCCUGCCCAAUCAGACAAAAGUUCUUAAACAUCUCUUUCAAAAACAGCAACAGAGACUGUAGGUGCCCAAGCAGCUUCAGAUCAGUUCCUCAUCUCAGCAGUUUGAAGUUUCUGAACAGCAACAUCAAUGUUUAUCCUACUUCUUUCCAAGAAGUUGUUGCCUGAAUGUUUUCAAAUGGCACCACAACACUGAAGAUGUUUCAGCUGCUUUCAUCUGAACUAUUGUACUUUUGACUUGUCAAACUGAAAUAAAGUAAACUUGUCAUGUCUA